AUGUCCCCGCCCGACACACCCUUUGCCAGCACCAAGAACCAACUGUGCGGGAAAGCUGGCCCCGUAUCGCACUCACCAAUUCUGCGACAUCGUGCCCGAUCACUAUCGAGUGGUCUUCCCCCACGUGGUCUCGUCGCAUCGCGGGUCAAUACCAUCAAUAUGGUUAGCCCACUGACUGAUGUAGUCGUCUCCGCACACAGUGACCGCGACACACUGCCAUCCCAGGCAAACCCUUCUUCACCGACGUCAACGCCUCAAUAUCGCCCCGGUCCGCGCUCGGCUCAUAGCUCCCCGCUGAAGCGCAAAUGCAAGAUCGACGACUUCGCUCUUCCGCCGCCCCCGCCGACCGUAUUCGCAAACGAAGCUGCUCAAGACGCUAUACUAGCUGCAUUGAACCUCGACCCGUCUAGUAACAAAGGCAUUGUUCAGAGCGAGGCCUCAAACGAUGAACCUUUCACAGUGUUAGAGGACUCAACAGCGGGUAAUACACCAUUCCACCGUGGCCAUCGACGAAAUAAGACAAGCUUAUCACAGGUGGUCUCACGUAGUGACCCACUAAAGGGAACUGCAUACGAUUCACAUCAUACUUCCUCUCAAGACGACUACUCACGUAUGGAUGUGUUCAGCUGCGACACGUCUCCUGAGGUGCGUGCUACCAAACGAAAGUGGCUGCCGGGCUACAGCAGUACAACCUCCUCCAUGGAGUCAGGCAGGCCGGAAGAGUUCCACGAUUGCAUCGUAUCACCGGGGACGACAGCGGACGAAACCAAAGACGAUGAGCGCACACCGUCCAUUCAAUCCUACAACCCUAGCUACGCCGACGCUUCUCCGGGAGUUGGAGCAACAUCCCCAUCGGCUGAGCCAUAUCUGCCGCUUCGUAGGGUCGAGAAGUUCAAUGAGACCGAGAGCUUCAACUUCCAUGAAAGCCCCUUCUCGCAAUACGAAUAUGCGCUCUCGCUCUCGGACAUGGAUACCGAAGAUGUUCGCGAACUCUACCCAUUGGAUGCCUUUACCCACGCAAGCGCUGAAGAUGGAUGCGCCGUCCAGGACUGGGCUUUGCCAUGGCCAUCGGAGCAGCCUGUGAAGAAGCUCCUCCGCUUUGCUUCCCGACCAGACUUUGCACCCCCCAUGCACUACGAGUCAGAAUCAGAUGACUAUCCUUCUCUGCAGAAUCUCCUCGAUUUGGACGAGCAUGGUCCUGAGCCACGAAAGAGUCCGCUCAGUGCUGUCAGUGUUCACCCUCAGGCACGGGAUGAUGGGCUGACGACCCUCGCACCAGUUUCCUACUACCCGGAUGCUGGAUCAGAGAUGACCAUCCUUCUUCCGCGGACGUACAAUGCGAAUUCCGACGACGAUAGGAUGACUCUUCCUUCACGCACAUACAAUGCGACUGGUAGCGAUGAACUUAUGCGUCUUCUCCCGCUGACUUAUGAUGCGAAUUCUGGGAACGCACUGGAAAACGCGUCGACAAUUAAGCGGAAGCCGAUACUGCGAAAGGCCAAAGACGGGUCGCUUCGAUCUUCUUCACCGUCUCCUAGCUCUUCAAACUGGGUAGUGCAUGACGGAUACGAUAGCGAUGAGGAUCUCUGGACGAAACCCUGCAGCGGCGUUCCGACGAAUACGGAAGCCUCGGGCCUUCACCACCGCGAUAGCUUGGAUGACCGCGACGCCAACAUUGAAGAAAUUCAAAUUGAGAAGAGGCACAAACGCAAUGGCGUGAAGACCACACAUGAGGAAACUGCGAACUCUGUCGGCAAGUUCAUUGAGCCAUGCUCGAAUGCAGAUAUCAUCAAAGAACCCGCACCUUUUGGCUCGAUCACCCGUCGUCCACUCCCGACCAUCAGUCAUGUUCUCAAUCCUCCACUCCCAACCAACACCGGUGUUCUGAACCUAGACUUCCAGUUUCCGGCUCGAAAUCCCCAGCAGCAGCGCGGUGUCAGCAUGCCCAUCUUUCCUCCACCUUCUGCUGCGCGUGCUCAAGAAAAAAAGAAUGCGCGGCGCAAAUCAUUACGGCAACUUCUAGGUGCUACGACCAAGAAGGAUGGUGAUACCGACACCACAACGAGGGGAGACAAGCCUAAGGAGUCGCUGGGUCGACGCAUCAGUCAGAUGGGCAGGAGACUUUCGUCGAUAUGGUCCAAGUAG